CUUAACUUCUGAUAUUGACAACUAAGACACAUUAAACAUUGCGGAAACCUAUAGUUCCAAGCCAUAGGUUUCCUUAAAUAGUCUCAAUUUGCAAAAAUCAACCAUGUACGUUGGAUUUCUCAUCUGCGUGUGUGCCUUCACUUUUCAAUGGUCAGCGGUAUUCUCAGAGAAAGCAAAACGUCCACAUAUUAUUUUCGUCAUGGCCGACGAUCUUGGAUGGAGUGAUAUUGGUUACCAUAACAUAUCAUCUGCCGUGAAGACACCUAAUAUCGACCGGCUAGCUAGAGCUGGCAUGAAGUUUACUAAUUAUUAUGUUCAAGCCGUGUGUACACCUUCACGAGGGGCUCUGAUGACAGGCAAAUACCCGAUACAUAUAGGAAUGCAACAUUUCGUCAUUAACAGUACCUCUCCCUGGGGAAUGCCUAAAGAUGUUCCUACACUCCCAGAAAAGCUUCGGCAGCUUGGUUACAGUACAAAUCUUGUUGGCAAGUGGCACUUAGGUUUCUUUGACUGGGACUACGUACCAACGGCUCGUGGGUUUGAUACAUUUCUUGGUAUUUUUAUGGGUGAAGGGGACUUUUGGAACCACACCAAAUAUGGCUACCUGGACAUGAGGAGAGGAAAAGAACCUACCUGGAGUUACACUGGAAAACAUUCCACCGAUGUCUUCACACAGGAAGCCAUCGACAUUGUGAAUAGACAUGACCAGCAAAAACCACUGUACCUAUUGCUGUCGUAUACAGCGCCCCAUACUCCUCUCCAGGCCCCCCAGACUGAUAUCGACAAAUACAAGUCUGUUGUGGAUAUGAAUAGAAGGAUAUACUUGGCUAUGAUUGAUGGAGUAGAUCAAGGAGUUGGAAAACUUGUGGAUGCUUGUAAACGCAAAGGGAUGUGGAAUGACACGCUGUUUGUUUUUGUUUCUGACAACGGAGGUCAUCCAGGAUUUGGGGGUGGUUACAAUUGGCCGUUGCGUGGUUAUAAAUCAACUCUGUGGGAGGGAGGGGUCAGAGUGCCUGGUUUUGUCCUUGGUAGCAUGAUACAGAAAUCCGGUGGGGAAAUCAAUGACCUUAUUCACGUGACCGACUGGUAUCCAACAUUGAUUAAACUUGCAGGAGGAACAACGAAGGAUGACAAUAUAGACGGCGUAGAUCAAUGGGACGUGUUAUCCAAAGGAACCCCAUCGACUCGGCAAGAAAUCCUAGUUAAUAUUGACUAUGCCCCAGACCUCUCUGGCGAGCAAUAUAGUCCAAGGGGGUUUACGUAUUAUUCAGGAGCAGCGAUUCGUGUGGGUGACAUGAAAUUACUUCAUAAAUGUCCAAACGGUAGCUGGUAUAAACUCCCUGAGGACGGCAAUCAGGCUCCAACAGAGGAGAGAUUUACCAAAGAAAGAAUCCCCUACUUUGAGUUUGCUCUUUACAACGUCACCGCUGACCCAGAAGAAAGGUACGAAUUGUCAACGCAAUACCCAGAUAUUGUAGAAAAAUUGUUUAAAAGACUGAAAUAUUACAACUCAACCGCUGUGAAAAGUCGUUUACAGCCCGAAGAUCCAGAAAGUUUACGAAUUGCUGCUAAAUAUGGUCGAUGGGAACCAUGGAAGAAUGAAGGUGAAGUGACGUCGACGGCUGGUUCUAUAUACUGCUGGCUCACUAGUAGUCAUUGGUUUAUUAUUUACUUAUAUUUCUUUGUCAAUUAAUCCUGAUUUAACGCAUAAACGAAAUGUUCUUCGCCAUGCAUCUUAAGCUUUUUUUUUGUACAUUUCACGUACUUCCGUCUCUUGUUUCAGCUUAUGCACUAGUCAAUUGAAAUCCCCGACCCCCAGGGCUAUCGGGGCACUCCCGGGAGUCGGGAUUUUGAGGAAUUGUUUUCGAAGCGGGCAAAGAGCGGGGAUUUUAACGCGUGUUUGAACAUAUGUGAGGCUGGAAACUAGAGGUCGACCAUCUUGAGAAAUACCCUGAAAGCAUUGGUAUUCAAGCCUGUUUUUUUCAUUUAUUUAUUUUUCCUUGCAUUUCCCGACUACCGGGAAAAAUGCCUUCAAUUGACUAGUGCAUUAAUUUAAUGGCAGUAACAGAUCUGAUCAUGAGAAAGAGCAAAAUAAGUCGAACUUCUUCAAUACAUCAAUAGUUUGAACCCCCCUACAAGAGAUGGGGCAUGUUUGGGUUAUUUGUCUGUGGUAUAACCAUAAGGGAUUCAGAAUGUUACACCGGCGGCCGGGAUGGCUAACCUAAGAAAAAAAAUAUUAGGUAUAUAGCAGUUAGGUCUGCCGAUGAAAUUUCUUUUGGAUGAAUGCUCCUUUGGUUAUUUGAAUGAGUAUGAAUCCCUAUUUUUUACUCGUGAAAAGAACGAAAACAAUGAGUCUGAAGUCUUCAACAAAGUUUAAACAACCAGCUUGGCUAUUCUAUAAUAAACGAAGGUCAAAAAGCACUCAGCUAAUUAAAGCGACAAUAAACCAGCUGGCAUUCAGCUUCUAGAGCCGGCUGAAUACGUCACUGAAUCAUUUCAGAUCAAUUUAUCGGUCUUUUGUGUAAUUGAGUGUUCAAUUUUUGCUGUCGGAAGUCCGUCAUUAUUUUGCAGAGAGAUAGAGAGAGGGAAAUACUGAAUUUGCUAUAAAACACUCUUGUUGAAAGCCUCGCAGAAAAAUAACACUUAUCUUUCAGCAAAAUACUGAAAGAAUUCUUACAGCUCUUACUUUGCAUCAAAUGUUAUAACGAUAUAAUCGAGGAAUUAUUGAUAUUCCAUGUUCAAAAAACAAACAAGGCCACUUAGCCAGGGGAAAGGAAA